AUGAUAUUUUUGGUAUAUUUAGAAAGUGGUGUUAUAGAUAUAAAUUUUAAUACAAGAUUAUAUUGUUGGGUAUCUAAUUGUUUAUAUGGACUUGGUUUAUUAGGAUCUGUUUCAAUUUUUUAUAUACUUGUUGUUGAAAGAACAAUUGCAAAUUCUAUUGCUAUUAAUACUACUGGCUUAAGAAGAAGGAUUAUAAGACUUGAAUUAUUACAAUCAACAUAUAUUUUAACUUCAAUUACAAUUAUCCUUAUAACUUUAAUAACACAUUUUAAAUUAUAUUUUUUAACAAAACGUUCCUUUAAAAAAAUGAACAAAGUUCAGCCCACAAAUCAUAAACAAAUUUCAUGUAUAAAAAAUGAAAAUGAUAUUUAUUUUCAACAGUUAAAAAAACAAUGGGAUUAA